AUGGAAUUAGAAACCGAAAUUCCUAUUUGGUUUCAUGGAAGAGUCAAAUGGAUAUCGAACUUAACAACUCGUUCAACUUGUUUUGAUGUAAUUCAAGCUAUAUUGUCAUCAUCAUCAUCAUCAUUAUCAUUAGAUUAUCAUUCAUCAAAGAUAAAUGAAGAUUAUCAAUUAUAUGAAUGUUGGCGUGGUAUUGAACGACCAUUAAAAAGUCGUUGUCGUCUUCUUAAACUAUGGAGAUCAUGGUCUGGGGAAUGUCAAAAUGUUAUCUUAACACUUCGGUCUCGACAAGAACAAACAAUUCCAACAUAUAUUCGAAUUCGUCAACAAGAAAAUAAAUUAAAUAAAUUAAAACGUCAAGUAAAAAAAGUUGAUAAACAAAUCGAAAAAUUGAAUUGUUUAAAUAAAUUAAAUGAAAAUGAUAAUAAUAUUAUAACUUAUUUAAAUGUAUCUCAUUCAAUAAUUCGUUUAAAUAAUGAAAUAGACAAUAAAAAAAAAGAUAUUUUACGUUUAUCAUUUGAUAUUGAAAAUGAAAAUAAUGAAGAUUUUGUUGAAAACGAUUUUAAAAAUCUUUUAUACGAUGUUAAUCAAACAUUAAUUUCAAGUAGAAAAUUAACUCAAUUAUCGGAUGAACUUGAUCAAAAAAUAACUACAACUAUUGAAGAUAUUGAUCAAAAACUAAUUUUAUUAGAUGAAUUAGAAUUAGAUUAUGCAUUACAAGAUAAUAUUGAUAUCGAUAGUAUUGAUGAUCAACAUGAACAAAAUGAACAAUUAUUUUCUAUUAAGCAAAUAUUUUCUUCACCGAAUCCAAUAAUUCCAAUAAAAGCAUUAACAGUUCAAAGUCGUCCAACGGCAAUAGUUGAACCAAGUUUAUCAACAUUUAAAUCAAAAGAAUCUCUACCGAAGAGUAAAACAUCACCAUUAUUAUUAAACAAUCUCCAUAUAGAAGAAAAAUCUUUUAAAAAAACGAAUAUUAAUAUGAUGUCAUCAUCAUCUAUUCGAUAUAAUGAUCUGUUUCAAUCGUUAAAUAAUAAUGAUCGUUGCGAUCAAACAGUUAUUUCCAUUCAUUCAAAUGAUCAACAAUUAGUUACACUUGUUUAG